UUCAUCUUCUUCUUCCUCCUCAAAAUUUUACACUCUCUCUCUCUCUCUCUCUCUCUCUCUCUCUCUCUCUCUCUCUCCUAUAUAAAAAACCGUUUCUUCAGUCGUUGUGAGCUUGGAUUUAUAAUCCCAGAAAAGAAGUCCUCUUUUCUUUAGAAUUUUCUCUGAGAUGGAAGAGGGAAACGUGCUCGAUAAGAGUUUGAAUUCAGCAGCAGCUUUUGUAGAAGGAGGAGUUCAAGAACCAUGUGAAGAUGCUUGCAGUAUAUGCUUGGAAUCUUUUUCCAAUAACGAUCCUUCCACAGUGACUAGUUGCAAGCACGAAUUUCAUCUUCAGUGCAUCCUCGAAUGGUGCCAGAGAAGCUCGCAGUGUCCAAUGUGUUGGCAGCUUAUCAGCUUCAAGGACUCCACCAGCCAGGAAUUGCUAGACGUUGUGGAGAAGGAAAAGAAUAUACGUAUGAAUCCACCUAUAAAUACCACAAUAUUUCACCACCCAACUCUCGGAGAUUUCGAGUUACAACACGUGACAGCUGCAGCUGCUAUGGGAAGGGCUCGUCACCUUGCUAGAAGAGAAAGUCAACGAAACAGGUCUUCAAGUUCAAGUCAAAGUCAAAGUCGUCCGCAGUUUUUGGUCUUCUCAACUCAUGCAAAUAACGUGACAUCUGGCUCGAAUGCUCCUUUUAUUACCGUUCCGGAAGAUUCCGCACAGCUUAUUGCACGGCCCUCUUCUGCACUAGCUGACCAUGUUGUAAAUGAAACUCGAACAUCCUCGACCGAUAGUGAGGAUAUAGCUGGACCAUCAGAUUCCCAGUCAUUCCCCGAGACUCUGAAAUCCCGCCUUAGUGCACUGUCGACAAGAUACAAAGAUUCGAUAACAAAGAGCACAAGGGGUUGGAAAGAGAAACUUUUUACUCGUAAUAAUUCAAAUCCCGAACAAGUUAGUGUAUCUCGAAUGAUGGACCAUCUUCAUUUGUCAACUCCUAACCCUACUCAGCGUUCUUCAACUGCAUCAAAUUUGUAGCGCUUGUGUUUUUCUGUAAAUUAUAUAUUCGUCGAAUGGUUUGAUGUUUGAAUUAUAUUUAGUUGUAAGAUUUACUCGAGUUUCAAAUGAUCGUCUCUUUGUUACUUGCCGAGUGGAUUCUCUUUCGACCUGUCA